UGGGAUGUAGAGCCUGUUAGGUGAGUGCAGUGGCCGGCAGGAGGGAGCUUUACCUUUUAUUUUUAUUUUCUUUGGCAGUGGGCGCGCGGCUGCUGCAGUUUGGACCUAUAUAGAUAUAUAUAUCUAUAUAGAUAUAGAUAUAAAAUAUAUUUUCCUAACCGGUGCCUUUGAGCAGGACACCGGCGCGCAGGUUGAAUCCUCUCACAAUGGUUUUAAAAGAUGCGGCUCCUUUACGCGAAUGUUGCGGAAAACGGGCAGAGGACUGUUUGCCUUGCUGUUGAUUGUGUUGGAGUGGACCUGCCCAGGCCUACUAUCCCCACUGCGGCCAAUCUGUGACCUGAGGGUCCUAAACCAUUUCAUCCAGGAAGCACGAGACGCAGAAGUCGCUAUGAGGUCAUGCAGAGAAGGAUGUGGCCUAACACAGACGGUCUCUGUUCCCCAAACUACAGUCAACUUCGAGGACUGGGAGAAGAAAAAUGCACUAGAGCAAGCUGAGGAAGUGCAGACCGGCUUGUGGCUGUUACAGCAGGCCCUCGGCUCAUUUGGACCAUCGGUCACCAACACGGCGCUGAACAACCACAUAGACAACACUGCCAGAAACCUGGUCAGCAUCAAUGCUGUGCUGCGUAGCCUCAAUUUUCAGGAAUACACACCGCCGGCAAACGCGUCGAGUCUGGACGGCACAUGGACAGUGUCCUCGGCAACGGAGCUGCUUCAAGUCCACGUGAACUUCCUGCGAGGAAAAGUGCGCCUUCUUCUUAUGGACGCGCCGGCGUGCCAGCAAGAUGUCAGCUGAUACCUCCCCCCUCCGCCACACAUGCACACACAAACACAACACCGUGGAGAAAUGUGACACGCUGGUCGCUGUGCGGGGGGAAAAGACCGCAGUCUUGUUGCACAGAGGACGGUCCCCCAGCAAGGCUUUUGGACAGAUGGGACCUUGGACUGUAGAUGUGACUACACGCCCUGAUAAAAAACCAUGCGGGGAUCACCGCACCAAUAGCCGUUCUAACAGGCACUCCCUUGCACUUUGCGUAUGGAUGUACUUUUGUAUGUUAGCAAUGAGGCUGGUGGUUUCCGUGGGUUUGACCCCUGCUCUUUCCUUUGUGGAGGUGGAUGGUGGAGUGGAACACUUGGAAGAUAUUGAUCGCAUCCUGGAAAUCGGUGACGUAGCGUAGAAAAAAAGAGAAAAAACAAAGUGGUUUUAUCUUCACGUGCCUUUUUCCAGUCUCCACGAAAACAUGUAAUCUCACAGAAAUUGUAUUUUUUAAGUGAUGUAAAAGUUAUUUAUACAGUUUUUAUAUGGUUUAAGACCUUUUUCACAUCCUGCUGAACAUUUGCACACAAAGAUGUUCUCAUCAGUCGCUGCUUUUCUAGGAAGAUCCUGUGUGUGAGAAAGGCUGAGUCACACCUCACGUGACUCAGCGUUUCAGUCGGUGUGUGAGAGUCCCCCUCGACUGUGAAACUGUUUGUUCAAUUUCUGCCGGAAGAUCCGUGCAACGAAACAUCCUGUGCAGCUUUAAUCGCCACUUUCCAGAAUCUCGACGCCAUGCAAUCAGCUGAUCCUGGGAACUUAUGCUUUGACGUUGAAAAAGGGAUUCUCGCAGAUGGAACUCGUUGAAGGGUCUUCCUUGUUUUUGUACUUUGCUGCGUAAGUCGGAGACGUUUUCGACGAUGUUUUUCCUCUUUUCUUUCCUGUUUAGUUGUACUGUUUUUGUUCCGUCAUUGUAAAACUGGCUAUUUAAGUGCAAACAAAAACGUAUUUUUCUUCCAUCAUAUUUUCAAGACUUGAGGCUUAUUUUUUUCUGAUCUCGACCCUGACACGUAUAUUUAAACGUAGGUGUUGUAUUUAAAGAACGAAAAAUUACUUUGAAGAAAACUGACAACUUGUGAUUGGAAAACCUCUGUAGCUAAAUACUGACAUCUAGUGGACAUUCAUGGGUAUGACAGUCAAUUGAAAAGUUAUUUUUACGUUUGGUUUUUUAUUUUUUCUGAGUACAUGCAGGCUUAAAGGUUUUUAAAAUAAAUAAAUGUGGCACAUGUUCACAAAUACAUCGUAAAA